AUGCUGUCCGCUAAUGUCGUCCGGAGGUUUCUGAACCUUAUCCAGACGGCUACCACUGUGAGAGAGUGGCCGCACGUAGCUGCAGGACUCGUCCCAGCCGCCAUUAGACGGAUCCAUACCUCCCCACCGUGCCACCGGACGGUGAACCAGAUCAUUAGGAACGGUCCAGUAAAGAGACGCCCCAAGCCGCCGGGGCCCAUGAGCGGCAGGCCCCAGAUGAAGGGCAUCAUACUCCAGACCAUGAUCAGGAAACCCAAGAAGCCCAAUUCGGCCAACCGCAAGUGCUGCCGCGUGCGCCUCAGCAACGGUAAGGAGGUCAUAGCGUUCAUCCCUCGAGAAGGCCACUCGCUGCAAGAGCACAACGUCGUAUUGGUGGAAGGUGGACGGACGAAAGACCUGCCAGGAGUGAAUGUCAGAGUUGUCCGUGGAAAAUAUGACUGUGCUCAUCCCGUGAAGUAA